AUGUCGACGCUUCAAUACUACGCUUAUCAUAAACAUGGUGUCCGCCUGCGUCAGAGGAGCAACUACAGCCAGGCUGUUCGUGUUGGUGAUCGCAUUGAGUGUGCUGGUCAGGGUGGCUGGGACUACAACUCCGGCGAGAUGAAGAAGGACCUAUAUGAGGAGAUCGACCAGGCCUUCAAGAACGUUGACUAUAAUCUCAAGGACGCCGGCGGUAAGGGCUGGUCACAGGUCUUCCGUGUCAACUCGUACCACACCGACAUGAGCGACGAGGCCCUCCGCCACAUGAUCAAGAACCUCAAGAAGUGGAUGCCUGACCACCAGCCGUUGUUGACUUGUGUCGGUGUGACGAAGCUGGGUAUAGAAGGUAUGCGUAUCGAGAUUGAGGUCUCAGCCUAUGACGAUGAAGGCGCGGAGGCGGCGCGGAAGGCGAGGGCCGCGGUGGCAGAGAAGAAGAAGUGA